GGCGCGGAGAAUGGAGUAAGGGAGAGACGUAAGGAGGGAGGUGCGCGGACCGGACUCGAGGGCUGGACGGCGGAGAGCGAGCGAGCCAGCCAGGGAGCCAGCGAUCAGGCAGCGGCGCUUCGCCGAGGGAGGCAGCUCGACGGAGGGAUCGAGAGGAGGAAGAGAAAGAAUGCCCUAGGGACGGACGGCGGGACCGGGCUGCUUGCUUGCUUGCUGCUGCUGCUCCUUCCACGAGCGGAGCGGAGAGAGAGAGAGAGAGAUCCGGGCGCGCCUCCUGCCAUUGACAUCCUCGCCGCAGCGCCCUGACGGAGCUUGUCAAUGGAGCUAGAAAACAUCGUGGCCAACACGGUCCUGCUCAAAGCCCGCGAAGGGGGUGGAGGAAAGCGCAAAGGGAAAAGCAAAAAGUGGAAGGAAAUUUUGAAGUUUCCACAUAUUAGUCAGUGUGAUGAUCUUCGAAGAACAAUAGAGAGAGAUUACUGCAGUUUAUGUGACAAGCAGCCAAUAGGAAGACUUCUCUUUCGGCAGUUCUGCGAGACUCGCCCGGAGCUUGAGUGCUGUAUUAGAUUUCUUGACUCUGUGGCAGAAUAUGAAGUUGCUCCGGAUGAAAAACUAGGAGAGAAAGGCAAAGAAAUUGUGAUGAAAUACCUCAUCCCAGAGUCUCCAGUUUGUGUAGCAGAAGUCAGUCAAGAACUGGUCCAGCAGACAGAAGAAAAACUUGAAAACAGUCCCUGUAAAGAGUUAUUCUCGUCUUGUGUGAAAUCUGUUCAAGACUACCUAAGUGGAGAACCUUUUCGAGAAUAUUCAGCCAGCAUGUACUUUGAUCGAUUUCUCCAGUGGAAAUGGCUGGAAAGGCAACCAGUAACGAAAAACACAUUUAGGCAGUACAGGGUAUUAGGAAAAGGUGGUUUCGGGGAGGUGUGUGCUUGCCAAGUACGAGCAACUGGGAAAAUGUAUGCAUGCAAAAGAUUAGAGAAAAAAAGGAUAAAGAAGAGGAAAGGUGAAUCCAUGGCCCUAAAUGAAAAGCAGAUUCUAGAAAAAGUCAAUAGUCAAUUUGUAGUCAACUUAGCCUAUGCCUAUGAAACAAAGGAUGCGCUCUGUCUAGUUCUAACCAUAAUGAAUGGGGGUGACCUGAAGUUCCACAUCUAUAAUAUGGGGAACCCAGGCUUUGAGGAAGAAAGAGCUUUGUUUCAUGCAGCAGAGAUUCUUUGUGGCUUAGAAGACCUGCACAAAGAGAACACUGUGUACAGGGAUUUGAAGCCAGAAAAUAUCCUGUUAGAUGAUUAUGGCCACAUCAGAAUAUCUGAUUUGGGUCUAGCUGUUAAAAUCCCUGAUGGUGAAUCAAUCCGUGGACGGGUAGGAACAGUCGGUUACAUGGCUCCAGAAGUCUUGAAUAACCAACGAUACACCCUCAGCCCUGACUACUGGGGGUUAGGUUGCCUGAUCUAUGAGAUGAUUGCAGGACAAUCUCCCUUUCGUGGAAGGAAAGAGAAGGUGAAGCGAGAAGAGGUAGACAGGAGAGUCUUGGAGACCGAGGAGGUGUAUUCCCAUAAAUUCUCUGAGGAGGCAAAGUCUAUCUGCAAAAUGCUACUGACCAAAGAUGUGAAGCAGAGGCUGGGUUGUCAGGAGGAUGGUGCAGCCGAAGUAAAGAGGCACCCAUUUUUCAAGAGCAUGAAUUUCAAACGCUUAGAAGCAGGAAUGUUGGACCCUCCUUUUGUCCCUGAUCCCAGAGCAGUGUACUGCAAAGACGUGUUGGACAUAGAACAGUUUUCAACUGUCAAGGGAGUGAACCUGGACCAAACAGAUGACGAUUUCUAUUCCAAGUUCUCCACAGGCUCCGUUUCUAUUCCAUGGCAAAACGAGAUGAUCGAAACGGAAUGUUUUAAAGAACUAAAUGUGUUUGGACCAAAUGGUACUAUCUCACCAGACCUUAACAAAAGCUACCCGCCAGAACCGCCGAAGAAAGGAUUGCUGCACAGAAUAUUUAAGCGUCAGCAUCAGAACAAUUCCAAGACUUCUCCAAACUCAAAGGCCAGUUUAAAUCACCAUAUCAAUUCCAACCAUGUAAGUUCAAACUCCACUGGGAGCAGCUAGUUCUAUCUUGGCUUCAGUGAAUCUGCACUUUGCAUCCUUCCACUAUACUGUAUGGAGCUUCGAGGAUGAGAGAGAGAGAGAGAAAGAGAGAGAAAUUGAGAGAGAAAGAGAGAGCACCCAACAUUGAGCUAGAAGAUCAACGAGCCUCCUACUGAGGGAGAUUUUUUUUUUCCUUCGCCGUUCCUUCCAGUGGAGCCUCCCAUUUCCAUGAAGAAUUUUCCUCUCAGGUCUGUUUUCGAAGGUGGCACUCGAGGUCUCGUGACUUACCAUUGUCUCUGUAGGACAUUGCAAUAGAAACCGGAGUCCAACAACUUGCACGUAUUUAAAAUAGCAUCAUAACUAGAACGGAACUUUGUCCUUAUUAUUUUUAAAGAAAAGGUUUUGUAAAUUUCUCUAUUGUCUCAGUUUACAUUUUGUACAUUUGUAUUUAAACGAAAGUCGGACUUGGGGAUGUAUAUUUUCUGAGCAGCAGCUUGUAAAGCCAUGUGUUUUAAGACUUUUUUUAAAAAAAAGAAAAUCAAAGUGACUCAAGACUUCCAGAGACUUAAAAUGAAAUGGUUUUGUUUUGUUUUGUUGCAAAUAUAGAAAUUUAUUCAUAUGUUCCUUUUUUCAUAUCAGUUCUGUUGAUAUGAAUGUUAUGCCAUGCUUCAUUCUGUUUUUCAUCUGUUUCGUUUACAGCAACACUGCAGACUAGUGUCUUCCCUGUUUUGUUACAGGCCUUGCAUUUAAUGCAACCUCAAACAUACAGUCAAGAUUUGCCAUCUCUAAGGACACUAAUACACUAUGUCUGGGGUUCAGAAUGUCAUGGGACCAAUGCUGUUGCUAUUUGCACUUUUUUGUAGUUAGAAUUCCCUUUUAUGUCUGUUGCCGCUUAAAGUCCCUCCUCUCUCCCCUCCCCCACAAACCCACCACCCCAGACCUGUUUCCAGUGUUUCUGUUAUUCUUGCUAAAACAAGAAGAGCAAACCUACAUGAGCUCAGACACAGGAAGCCACCUGCUCUCCACAUGAGAAACUCAACCUUUGCUGCUCAUGUCAAGAAGAUGCCAAGAAAAUGACUUGAUAUCAUCUCCAGGUGGAGUUUCGCACAGGCCAUUGAGAAAGGGUGCUGGAUCCAUGUUGGAUGCUGCAGUAAUAAACUUGUGACUCCUGAGUUCCUAUUGCACUGAUCUAUAUAGCUCUUGCUGGUUCCCACCCUUGUAUACUGCAUCCUAGGCACAAGAGCAGAAUCGGUAUGGUUGAUGCAGUCUACCUACCAGCAAGUAUUCACAGCUCCCCUCCUCUUCCAUAUGCAACAUUUUGUUUCAAAGUACUGUAAAGAGAGUCCAAAACCAUGAAGCUUUGCUCAAAAUGGCAGCUUCCUCACGACAGUACAUCUUUUCUAUCCCAUGUCUAUUUUGCCAGGAACUUCAGAGACUUCAGAGUAUAACUUCACAUCCUUGGCAUUAGGGCAUAAAGAAGAAUUGCAACUUGAUCUAUUGUGUGGGCAUGUGGAUCACUGGAGACAAACAUUUGUUUUUACUUCCAUCUUACAGAUGACAGCUCAUGCAAAUUUUAAGAGCUAUGAAUAGCACAAACAAAGUGAGCAACAAGUAGUUUGUUUCAAAAGAGAUUAUUUUAGUCAAAUCACCACACUUAGUCUGUAUGUUUCUAAGCAGCAGGAGGACACAACUUUUCAAAUAUUCCAUAAAGCAAUUUAAAAAUUGCCGUUACCCAAUGCAUAGGAACCCAUUUGUCUUAGGACUGCUUCAUCUUUUAUGUUUGAAAUGCGUUCUUAGGAGUUGUAGCUGAGCUUAAAGAUUUGCAGAAUGGAAGAUAUAGGAAGAUCUGGGAACUGUUUGAGAUUUUUACACUCCCUGCAUCUUUUUACCAAGAUAAAUUAAGAUGUUGACCACAUUUAGCACUGUGUGAAUGAGCAGAAACUGGCCUGUACAACAUACUUGCAGCUUCCACUCCCUUCUUUCUGCUCCCAUGUGACUGGGAGAAGGUAUAUCAUUUUGCUUAGUUUCAUUUCCCCUGAAUCCUAUUUGUUACAUAUGGUAGUAGGACAGGGGAAGUGUGCGACCUUGUUCCUGCUUUUCGAUCUCGCUGUAUCUCUUGAUACCACUGACCAGCUCCCUGGAGGGAACACAGUGUUACAAGGAUUCCAGUCUGAUCUAUAGGACCAAGUCUAGAGAACAGUAUUGGGAGAGUGCUUUUCAGGCCCCUGGGAGUCAUGCAGAGCACUAUUUAUCCCCAAUGCUUUUUGAUAUCUAGAUGAAGCCUCUGAGCGCAGUCAUUAGGUAUUUGAGGGCAAUUUGCCAUCAGUAUGCUUAUAACACUCAGCUCUAUUUCUCCAUAACAUCUGCAUCAGGAAAGUCCAUGUGGGCCCUGGGCCUAGAUGAAGUGAUGAGAUGGAUGAGGAGAAAUCAACUGAACUUGAAUCCUGGCCUUAAAGAGGCUCUUUGGGUGAGUGCUUCCCGUGUCUCAGAAACUGGCCAAUUGCCUGCCCUGAACAGGUUGCACUCCCCUCUGAAGGAGCAGGUAUGCAGCUUGGGGGCCCUUCUGCAGCCAGCUUAUUCGCUAGAGGCAUGUAGCUUGAUACGCCUUCUACCAGCUCCAGCUGGCGCAACAGCUAUGGCCAUCCUUGGCCCAAGAGAUCUCAGCCACAGUAGUUCACGUUUUGGUGACUUUGAGACAGAAUCACUACAACACGCUCUAUGCGCAGUUUGGUUUGGAAACUGCAGUUAGUGCAGAAUGCUGCAGCAGGGUUGAGACAGGCAUGAGAUCCUGUCAGCGUAUAGCACCCCUGCUCAGAGAUCUGCACUGCUUGCCAUUUUGUUAGUGGGCUUAAUUCAAGAUGUUGCUCUUAAUAUAUAAAGCCCUGAGCAGCUUAAAGGUAAAGGUAAAGAUACCCCUGACCAUUAGGUCUAGUCUUGGACGACUCUGUGGUUGCGGCGCUCAUCUCGCUCUAUAGGCCGAGGGAGCCAGUGUUUGUCCACAGACAGCUUCCGGAUCAUGUGGCCAGCAUAACUAAGCUGCUUCUGUCAAACCAGAGCAGCGCACAGAAACUCUGUUUACCUUCCCACCGGAGCAGUACCUAUUUAUCUACUUGCACUUUGACGUGCUUUCGAACUGCUAAGGUGGGCAGGAGCUGGGACCAAGCAACGGGAGCUCACCCCGUCGCAGGGAUUCAAACUGCCAACCUUCCGAUCAACAAGCCCUAGGCUCUGGUUUAAGCCACAGCACCACCCGCGUCCGCUUAGCAGCUUAGGACCAGUUUACUCAAAGGAUCACCCUAUCCCUUAUAUACCCACUUCAAUUUGUGGAACUUGCACUUCUGCCCCAUAAUGUUUGUUCCACUCUUGUAAGAAAUGGAUCUUUUAAUGUGGCAGCUCUUGACUCUGAAACCCUCUGCCCGUUGACAUUAGGCAGGCCCCUUCACUGUAUUCUUUUUGGCGCCUGCUAAAAACUUCCUUGUUUAGGCAAGCCUACCCAGGCAUAUGAAGUUGAUAUGUUUUAAUCUGUAACUUUAGUCCAUAAUGUAGUUUUAACAGUUAGUUUUAUUUAUGUUCUGGUUUUUGAAACUUGUUUUUAACGUGGACGAUUUAAAAUGCACAUUUUAUAUGCUUUGCAAACCGCUUAAAGGUUUUAUUUACAAUUAAGCGAUAUACAACUUAAAUUAAAUUUUUAAAAAAUGAACCUAGAAUUGAGGUUUAAAACAAACCCUGCUUGGUUUAACAUGCCAGCUUCUUAUAGCCGAUGUUUGAAGUUAGCUUGUUUUGAGACUGACCAGAGUUUGCUUUGAACUAUGAUCCCUGGUUUUUAUAUACGGUAAGUCAGGAUUCACAGCUGACCAGUAAGACAAGAGGGUGGAUGCCUUUCUGCUCACACAUGUAGUGCUAAACCAUGGUUUCCUGUUUCAUGCAAAUGCAGCUGUUGUGAAAGAUACAAAGCUGGUUUGAAAAAUGGCGUCUCCAUGUUGAGUUCUUCCUCACACCACAUGCCAGCCUACAUUAAUGGCUCCUAUUUCUAUGCUUCAUAUUUCCUUUCAACGGUAGCCAAUGAUGUGAUGAUGGGGCUGGGAAACACAUCAUCUGUUGAUGUUGGGAUCUGUUGAUCAUGGGAGCUGACCAAGGGAAGGAUGAAAACUCAAUUCUGUUUUUUAAGAUAUCUUGUAGAAUUCCUCCCAGUAGACUGACCUUGUGACAAGUAGUGAGGUGAAGAAGCAUUUUAGUCUUUUGCCAUGGCCACACCUGUGGUGAGAAACAUAUUAUACCCCAGAUAUGUUGACAUGGCUGAAGUCAUAAAUGCUUCAUAGAAUUUACAGUGAUUCAGUUGUUCAGCCCCUCUGGAUAUUUUAGAUGCUGACCAAAUUGGUUCCUUUCCUUUUUCCUAUCCAACCAGCGUAUUUUGAAACUAGUUUUGGCCACUGACUUUCUCCUCUACUAAGCUCUUGCAUGAUGAAUAAAAUGAUGAUGAGUAAGGAUGAUGCAGUGCCCAUUGCUUUUCAUGUGCAGUGGUACCUCGGUUUAUGAACACAAUUGCUUCCGGAAGUCUGUUCAUAAACUGAAGCGUUCAUAAACUGAAGCGAACUUUCCCAUUGAAAGUAAUGGAAAGUGGAUUAAUACGUUCCAGAUGGGUCCGCGGAGUACUCAACCUGAAACGUACUUAACCCGAAGCAUGGGUGUAAUUGGUUCCAGAAGUCUGUUCAUAAAACGAAGCAAACUUUCCCAUUGAAAGUAAUGAAAAGUGAAUUAAUCCGUUCCAGAUGGGUCCGCGGCAAACCGAAAAUUCGUAAACCGAGGUGUUCAUAAACCGAGGUUCCACUGUACAAUGAUAUCAUAUUUGCAAGAGAUCUGCUGGAAGUGGCUUGUAAGAUUGACAAUUCAAAAUUCCCAUAGCUGGUUAGCUAAUACAAAAAGGCUGUGCGUAUUGGAUACCAAUGUUGAUCCAAGAGAUUGAAAUAGGUUGGUUUGGGGUGAUGCAUGAGGGAGAUAGAAAAAAACACCAUGUGCAACAAAGGGCAUUUGCAGUGAGGGCAAUUGUUUCAUCAAUUCAAGGUGCCACUUCUCUCCCCAAAAGUACAGAGCACAUCACGAGCUUCCCCUUCCCCUUUUCCAUCUCUGCUUCAUCUCUGCCUUUCCAUGCCUUUAGCCAUAGUUCCCUCGUGGAUUUUCUUACCUUUCUUCCUCUUGUCUUUCCAGGCUAAUUUAGUUGGAUGGUUUUUCCAAAUAAUAUUAAGCAACACUGAACACAGAGUUUUGGCCUUCUCUUCCACCUUAACAAGAACAAAGAUAAUUGAUGAGGCAAGAACUGGGAAACCUCUAGGGCUGCCCCAUAUGAUAGGAGUCACAGAGCAUUUUCCCAUUAAGAAAUUCCAGGUGUGAUGAAUACUUUCUUGACCUGCACUAAUUUUCCAUCAGCAUUAACAGUUUUUGUUUUGAACAGUAAUAACAAAAAAUCUGGUACAGCAAUAAGAAUGCAACUUAGUACAGUUGCGCAGGACACAUUAUUGACUUUUAAAAAAGAUUAAAUGGAGAACCAUGACUUGUCAUGUGUAACAAGACUCUUGAACUGGAACCUUUGUAUUUUUUAAUCUGAAAACUCUUCCUCUGCAAAAGUCCAUGUAUCUCAGAUUUAUUAUUUGCAUCUCGUUUGUAAAAGGAAUCAUGAGUGUGGGUGGCCCUCUCACUUGAUUUUUGGUUUUUCCCUCUGACGUUGAUUAAAUCAGUUAUUUUGUGAUCAUCCAUUUGAAUCUCUGCAUAACGGUGAAAGCUGUUGGGUAACAAAACAUAGAAUUCUGUAGAGGCCAAGCUGUAAUUUGGAAGGUUGCUAUAUUAACUUUUGUAUUUGUAUUACCUGGAAAAGAUGUCUAGGACUAUUUCCUUUAUAGAGAACCUCAGUGAAUUGAAAACUGAAUAAAACCUUAGAAUUGAGCUUUGCAUUUUAAGAUUCCUGCAGAGUUAAUAGAAAGACCAUUCAACAAGUGAAGGGACAGUAGCUCCAUAAGUUGUUUGCCUUGUUAAUAUCAAAAGCCAAUAGGCAUGAAGAAAACAAUUUUUAAAAUGGUAUUUUUCCACCCAUAUUUGUUCUGAUUGCUUAGGCAGAUAAUUCUGUGGCCUUCUCACCCAAAAAUUCUUACACAUAGGAGCACGCUGCUGUGGGUACUAUCCCAUCCCAUCCCAUGUGCAAGUGGAGACUGGACCUCACCCCAUCUUAGAAGCUUGAAUAAGCUGUUGGGGAGGAAAGUAACUACUUUAUAUCAGGCCAGUCUAUGUAUCCAUCUAGUCCAUUAUUGUCUACUUUGACCAGCAGUGACUCUCCAGAGUCUGCCUGAGAGCUUUCUCCAUUGCCUGCUACCUGACCCUUUUAACUAGAGAUUUUGAGGAUUGAAUUUGAGAACUUCUGGAUGCAAAGCAUGUGCUACGAUCCCUUCUCUUGAUUUUAUGGAACAGGGAAGCUUGUUGCUGGGUUUGUUUCCAUCACAUUAGAAAUACUUCUCAGCAAGUCUGUGAAGCAUAGUGGAACACAAUCCAAGGUGAAUGGAUGUCAAAAAGGCCUCUCUUCCUCAGCAAAUAGGUCCAUGCUCCUAGAGAAAGCAGGAGCAAUCUCUUCACAUCCCUGAGUACUUGGUGUGGAGUGGCUCCCCGCCCCAGUCUACACCUGCAGGACCACAUGCAGUAGACCAGAUGCAUGGAACCUGAUGCCCAAAGCAGAUUGCUAAGUGUAAAAAUGAUGCCUACCUGCAUCCCAGAAGGCAACUGCCAUAUAUUCAGAAUCAAAUAUUCUAUCCUUCCAAAAAAUGUUGAUAAAAAGGAUGUGUACAUUUCUAUUGAUGCCACACCGGCCACUCUUAAAGAUUCAGCUUUUUGCCUGUAUCAAGGGAGGCAAUCGAUUUAAAUUCUCUGUUGCAUUUCUGAGCAACUUCAACACUUUAAUCCACGAUUUAGUUCACCAUAGCAGACAUAGCUAAAUUGAUGGACUAUAUUAUGACUAGACGUGUCACAUUUUUUAAAUAAAAAAAUAAUCACAACUUGCUAAUUACAAAUUACAUCAUGGGUCCGGUUUUAAAAGUAUAUUUAGGAAUCAGUGUUUUAAAGCAUUCAUCGUACUUCAGUGUCUGUAAAAGACAGGCACUUCUUCUUCAAUAAUGUUUUUCAUAAGUUAAAAAAUAUAUACAUUUUAUAAUAAAUGGAACCAAAUGUUCUCAAUUAGGGAAAAAGUAGCGGCUGUUGGUAUUGUAAGAUAAUAAUAAUAAUAUGAUUAAUAAUAAUAAUUCUAGAAUCCAAAGGGUGUUUUUUUCAUUUUGUUUUAAUUUUCAGGGAGUUUCUUACAUUGUUAAAUGAAAAUAGUUUUCAUUUUGAGGUUGUUAUUGACAAUAAUGGCUUCUGUGUUUUCUGGCUGUUUGAAUUCUCCGUACGCGUCUAAUAAUAUUGCAGUGCUGCUGUAUCUAGAUCAAACCACUGUUUCGUUUUCCAAUUUUGUUUUGAGAUUCCUUUUUUUUAAGAAAAAUAAAUUCCUUUAUUUAAGUAUAUGCCAAGUAUUGUUCUGUUCCGCAUUCACUUUACGCCCUUUUACCAGUUGCGUAAACAGUUGCAUACCAGUUGCUCAUAACUGAGUUGGAUCCACUUCUCCAUUGGGCAUGUAAAAUUAGGACAGUGGUACACCUGGUUAUGAACUUAAUUCAUUCCAGAGGUCUGUUCUUAACCUGAAACCAUUCUUAACCUGAGGUACCAACUUUAGCUAAUGGGGCCUCCUGAUGCCGCCACGCAAUUUCCGUUCUCAUCCUGAGGUAAAGUUCUUAACCCGAGGUACUACUUCCGGGUUAGAGGAGUCUGUAACCUGAAGUGCUUGUAACCUGAGGUACCACUGUACUGUAAUGUCAACAAGGGAAACUCAACCAAAGAUGAGUCAGUUCCACUGGUGCCAAUGGCAGAAUCAAACACAUGCUUAAAUUUAGGUGUAUGCACUCGUUUUGGAAUGAAUGAGAAGUUAAAGCUAAUAGAGGCCAUUCAGUUCAAUCUUCUUUUUUACUCACAAGAAUUGCUGGGUAGUUAUAAUGCACUCUGCGUGGGGCUCCCUUUGGGUCUGCUUCAGAACCUCUAUCUGGUGCAGAAUGCAAUGGACAAUGGGAGCUUCUGGUUGAGAACAUGUGACCCCAUUGUUACAGCUGCACUGGCCGCCAAUCUACUACCAAGCCAGGUUCAAGAUUCUUGAAUUAAUUUACAAAACCCUGACCAACUUAGUUCUAGGGCACUAGGGGUUGCCUGAACCAUCAUAUCACAACUCAAUCUCCUUUUAUUUUACCACACUAUCUAUUUUUCCCCCUACUAACCAAAUACAAAAAUUAAAACCAACACUCUUAAACUAUUUUAGUGUUGAAUGUCAAAAACUGGGCUUUUCUGCUGGUUCUCUCAGCGGCUUUUGAUACAAUUGAGCAUAACAUCCUUCUGGACCGUCUAGAACAGGGGUCCCCA